AUGGCAAGCCGUAUCGCAGCCCUCAGCACCGCUUUUGCGGCGGUUGCCAAUGCGCAAGGUGGAUGGGGCGGGUCAGGUGGAUGGGGAGGCCCCGGUGGCAACGGCGGCAACGGUGGUCAGUCCUCUGUCACCAUCAACGUUAACCCCAGUACGAAGUACCAGAGCUUCGACGGCAUUGGUGUCUCCGAGGCCUUCCAGCGUGGUCUGGUCAUCCACGAGCUCAACCCAGCGGCUCAGGCUGAGGUACUGGACUAUUUGUUCAGCAACAAGACGGGCGCGGGCAUGACCAUUCUUCGCAAUGGUCUCGGCUCUGCGCCAACCGACCCUUUCGACUUGAUGAAGUCCAUUGCACCUGUUGCACCGGCCUCCAACAGUAGCCAGCUUGCCUUCAUUCCCCUACCCCGUGAGGAUGAGUACCAGGUCUGGCUCUCUCACCAGGCCAUUGCACGAGGCGUGACCACCGUCUACGCUGAUGCGUGGAGCGCUGAUGGCUACAUGAAGACGAAUGGUACUGAGGAUUACGGUGGGUAUCUCUGCGGUGUGACGAACGCAACCUGCGCAUCUGGCGACUGGAGACAGUCAUAUGCGAACAAGAUCGUCAAGUACAUUCAAGACUACGCCGCUGAGGGUAUCACGAUCAACUAUGUCGGCUUCUUGAACGAGCCUGAUCUCAACACCACGUACGCAUCUAUGCAGUCCAAUGGCCAGCAGGCUGCCGACUUCAUCGAGAUUCUCUACCCGACCCUCAAGGCUGCCGGCCUCAACACCCAGAUCGCUUGCUGCGAUGGCUCCGGCUGGGAGCAGAACCGUGAACGUCUGACUGGCAUUCAAGAGGCGGGUUACGAGAACGAUCUCGGACUUGUCACAUCUCACGGCUACUCGUCCUACCCAGGCGCUCCCUUCGUAACUUCCAAGAAGGUAUGGCAAACUGAGUGGUCGACAUUCGAUAACUUCAACAAGAACUGGUACACCACCGGCGGUAGCCAAAGCGACGGCAUUGCUUGGGCCAAUCGCAUCCAGAAGCUCUUCACAAUCAGCAACGUUACCGGUCAUCUCUACUGGUGGGGCGCUGCCAACACCACUGACAACCAGUCUCUGCUUUUCGUCAACAAUACGGCAGAGGUCACCGUUACUGGUCGUCUAUGGGCGCACGUUCAUUACGGCUCCAGGUUUAUCCGUGCUGGUGCUCACCGUAUCGAUGCCGUCUCUGGCUCCGCUGCUCUCAACGUCAGUGCCUUCGCGAAUACUGACGGCUCCACCGCCGUGCAAGUCAUCAAUAACAGUAACAACACCGAGACCAUCACGCUUAGCGGUGUUCCCAUGCAAUGGGGCUGGGGACACAGCGGGGUGAAGACCUACCUGACCAAUAAUGCCAACAACUUGACCGAGGGAGUUGCUCGCAGCUUACCGGGUGGUAAGGCGAUCGCCACAAUUCCUGGACAGUCCCUACUCAGCCUAGUGGUGUCUUGA